AUGGACGAUGUCCUUGGUGAAGACAUCGAGGACAACGAGGAAGAUGAUGAGGAUCAUGACGUGGCUCCUUUUGCGCCGCCAUCCACCAUCGCCAUCCCUUCCCUAGGAUCUGACGUGAUGAGGGGCACUGGUCUGGUGUUCCCCUCCAAGUUUCGACAUCCCACUAGCCCCCUGCGACCGAUGGAGCUGUUUCGCGGCAGGGUUCGUUUCAUGAAUAUCGUCAGGUGCACCUACCCCAACGACAAGUCCAUGCUUCUCAUCAUGACCGACGGAGCAUGCCUUAACAACGGCCAAUCCAAUCCGAAGGCAGCUGUCAUCGCCGCCCUGCGUUUCCGACACUGGCCGGGCGAGGGCUUCAGUACAGUCAUCAUCGCCACCGACUCUGAGUACGUCGUGGAGGGCUCGACACAGUGGGCGAAGGCUUGGGUGCAGAACAAUUGGAGGACGAAAGGUAAGAAGGGAAUUGGCGGCGGCAACGUCAAGAACAAGGACUUGUGGGAGAUGCUCUUGGGGGAGUGUGAGAAGGCCCACCGUAAUGGCCUGGUCAUCCAGUUCUGGAAGAUCCCACGCCAGUGGAACGCUCUCGCCGAUGAAGGUGCGAAAAAUGCUGCCGCCGCAGAAGAAACGCCUGUCGAGUGGAAGGAUUGCCUGGGCCUCGCAAUAUGA